GAGCCGCCGCCGGUCAUGUCCGCCCCUGCCGGCGCCCCGCACCCCCACGCCGCCGCCGCCAGCGCCAGGAUCCCGCCCCGGCUCGGAGCGGCGGCCGCCCCCGCCGGCCCGAGCCCGACGCCGCACUACCAGAACGGUCCAGCACAGAAUCAGAUGCAGUUUCCACCUGGAUAUGGAUUACAGUCUCAAGGCUAUGUUGUUCCCUCAGGACUCUACUCCCAAGGACCUGGGAAAAGUACCCCUCUGCCAUUGGAAAGCCAGUAUGGUACUGAUUAUCAUUCUGGCCACUACACAGUACCAACACAAAAUGUGACUCUUGCUCCAGGUCCUAGCACAGUGAACAUGCAGCCGGGAUCACAGCAGGUAUAUGGCCGGGGUCCUCCUGCUCCUCAUACUGUAGGGUCCACUCCUGGAUCAUUCCCAGGUGGUGUUGCAUCUUCAGCAUCCCAUUUACACACAGGUAGACCCCAGCCAUACUCCUCCUUUGGUAAUCACUACAACAGUCCAGGCAUUCCCUCUGCCAGUUCUUCCAUUGCUUCUCAGGGAUUUCCCCUUACUUCUGGCCAUUAUGCUAUGUCUACUGCUUCGGGUGCUGUGUACCCUAGUGUUUCAUAUCCUUCGGUGCCUGCUGGUGAUCCAUAUGGGCAAGUGUUUACUUCACAGAGUACUUCAGUCAUCACACAGUUUAAAGAUAAUUCAUUUCCUGGUCAAAACACAGCCGUCGACCAUCCACCGCAGCAGCGACUGAGUCCUGUGGGAUAUAGUGCUUCAUCAUGGGCAGCUCCAGGCCCUCAGUCAACCCAAGACAACCUUACCCAAAAUCACAUUGGAUCCCUGGCUACAGCAGGCAACACCUCUAAUGCAGGUUCUUCAUCCUGUGCUGAAAAGCAAAACAUUCAGCUUCUCAAGACCAGCCCAGCGCCACCCACAGUCUCAUCAGGGAGCAUUUCAGCAAGGACACAGCCUCCUGCAGACCGGGCAACUGAACCUGUGGCCUCAGGGACACAGCCUCCAGAACUCUUACUACAGGAAGGCAUGCAGUAUGGUGGAUAUGUUAAUAAUCAAGCUAGCUCUGCACCAACUCCCUCGUCAUCAACUUCAGAUGAUGAGGAAGAGGAGGAGGAGGAUGAGGAAGCAGCCAUUGACAGCUCCUCUACAACCAGCAGUGUUUCUCCUGUGCCCAACAGCUUUGAUGUCCUAGAAGGCGGGAGCUAUCCAGGUGACACAUUGGAUCCGCUUUCGUCAUCGACCACCAGUCCAGCUCCGGCUCUCUCUGUUCCUCAGGCAACCAAACCUGCUAAGCCCUUUGGCUAUGGGUAUCCAAUCCUUCAGCCUGGUUAUCAGAAUGUAGGGCUGAGUUCUGGAGCACAACCUAGUAACCCAGCAUAUUCUGGAUUCCAGCAGUUUGCCCAGCAGUAUCCUGGUAUGAAUCAGUUGUCAUCUAGUCUAAGCGGAUUAAGUCUCCAGCAUUCUUCUCAACAACCAGAAAGUCUGAGACCAAUCAACCUCACUCAAGAUAGGAAUAUUCUGCCUGUGACUCCUGUUCUGGCUCCUGUUCCUAACUUGAAUUCAGACCUGAAAAAAUUAAAUUGUAAUCCUGAUUCAUUUCGAUGUACUCUGACAAAUAUUCCACAGACUCAGGCUUUAUUGAAUAAAGCUAAGCUUCCUUUAGGGUUGUUGUUGCAUCCCUUCAGAGAUCUCACGCAAUUACCAGUUAUAACAUCAAGCACCAUUGUGAGGUGCCGGUCUUGCAGGACAUAUAUCAACCCUUUUGUGUCCUUCAUUGAUCAGAGGAGAUGGAAAUGCAAUCUGUGCUACAGAGUUAAUGAUGUUCCUGAGGAAUUUAUGUAUAAUCCCCUUACCCGUUCCUAUGGAGAGCCUCACAAACGGCCCGAGGUUCAGAAUUCAACCGUGGAAUUCAUUGCUUCUUCAGACUACAUGCUUCGUCCUCCUCAGCCUGCAGUAUACUUGUUUGUUUUCGAUGUGUCUCAUAAUGCAGUGGAAGCUGGGUAUUUGACAAUUGUCUGCCAGUCGCUGUUGGAAAAUCUGGACAAACUGCCUGGAGAUUCGAGAACAAGAAUUGGGUUCAUAACCUUCGAUAGCACGGUUCAUUUCUAUAACUUACAGGAAGGAUUAUCACAGCCUCAGAUGUUGAUUGUCUCAGACAUAGAUGAUAUCUUCUUACCUACACCUGAUAGUUUACUUGUAAAUCUACAUGAAAGCAAAGAGCUGAUAAAAGACUUAUUGAGUGCUUUACCAAAUAUGUUCACCUAUACAAGAGAAACCCAUAGUGCUCUUGGUCCUGCACUUCAGGCUGCCUUUAAAUUAAUGUCUCCAACAGGUGGCCGUGUGUCUGUAUUCCAGACACAGUUACCUUCCUUGGGUGCAGGACUCCUGCAGUCCAGAGAAGAUCCUAAUCAGAGAUCCAGCACAAAGGUUGUGCAGCAUCUUGGUCCUGCGACUGAUUUUUAUAAGAAAUUGGCAUUAGACUGUUCAGGGCAACAGACAGCAGUGGAUCUACUGAAUGCAGCCGUGGUCUGCCCAGGAGACAGCCCAGGAGAGCCGUGGCCUUCCUUGUCCCUAGCAGCUCAGCCUCUUUUAAAGCAGACCACAGUGCUGUUGGCUUUUCUGGCUGUGCUGGCCCACAUGGAGCUCGAAGACCAUGAAACUUGCAUGUCCAAGUAUUCUGCUGGUUGCAUCUAUUAUUACCCAUCUUUUCAUCAUACUCACAAUCCUUCACAAGCAGAAAAAUUGCAAAAAGACUUAAAACGUUAUCUCACAAGGAAAAUUGGAUUUGAAGCAGUCAUGAGAAUAAGGUGUACAAAAGGUCUUUCUAUACACACUUUCCAUGGAAAUUUUUUUGUUCGAUCUACUGAUUUGCUUUCCCUUGCCAACAUCAAUCCUGAUGCUGGAUUUGCAGUCCAGAUGUCAAUUGAAGAAAAUUUAACAGAUACUUCUCUGGUGUGUUUUCAGACUGCCCUAUUAUAUACCUCAAGCAAAGGUGAGCGGAGGAUUCGAGUACACACUCUUUGUUUGCCAGUAGUGAGUUCACUGGCAGAUGUUUAUGCAGGAGUAGAUGUACAAGCAGCCAUCUGCCUUCUGGCAAACAUGGCUGUGGAUCGGUCGAUUUCAUCAAGUUUAUCAGAUGCAAGAGAUGCCUUAGUGAAUGCUGUGGUGGAUUCCCUCUCUGCGUACAGCCAGACCUCUUCCACCUCGCAGCAGUCUGCUCUCAUAGCCCCCACCUCCCUCAAGCUGUUUCCUCUCUAUGUCUUGGCGCUGCUCAAGCAGAAAGCAUUUAGAACUGGUACUAGCACCCGCCUGGAUGAUCGUGUGUUUGCCAUGUGCCAGAUGAAGUGUCAGCCACUUGUUCAUCUGAUGAAAAUCAUUCAUCCCAACCUGUACAGAAUAGAUAAACUGACUGAUGAGGGUGCAAUACAUGUCAGUGACAGAAUAGUGCCUCAGCCGCCUCUUCAAAAAUUGUCUGCAGAGAAGCUGACAAGAGAGGGCGCCUUCCUUAUGGAUGCCGGUUCUAUUAUUUACAUCUGGAUUGGGAAAAGCUGUGAUAAUAACUUCAUAAAAGAUGUGCUCGGUUACCCAAACUAUGCAUCAGUACCACAGAAACUGACACAUCUUCCAGAGUUAGAUACACUUUCCUCAGAAAGAACCAGGUCCUUUCUUUCCUGGCUUAGAGACAAUAGGCCAUUGUGUCCAAUUCUCCAUGUGAUAAAGGAUGAGAGUCCUGCCAAGACAGACUUUUUCCAGCACUUAGUUGAAGACCGGACAGAGGCUGCAUUCUCUUACUAUGAAUUUUUGCUUCAUGUUCAGCAGCAGAUUUGUAAGUGAAAUGGAACCAAAGAAGAAGAAAAACAUCAUGACUUUUGAGACAAGCAUAAGCUGUCAGAGAAGCACAUGGGAAAUUUGGAAAGAAAGCAUUUGCAAUGCACCCCACCCUUUCUGAAGCUUUGACAGUUAAAGGUGAAGAAUUGUCUGCUAGAAGAAGGAUUUAUUUCAGCCUAAAUUAAAAGUUAGUAAUGAUGAUGCUAUUUCACUAACUACAUUUUAAAUUGGUUUAUACACAUUUCCAAUAGUGCAGCAGUACGGUCCUAUUAAUUGCAAGCUGGCAAAUUUAUGUAGCUAUGUGGAAUGAUGUUUCAUAAUGUAAAAUUAGAUAAAUCCUUUUUCUUACAUUUAAUAGAAUAUUUCCGAACUUAAACUCUGACGAGAGACGCCAAAGGGCAAUGGUACCAGGUUAUUUGUUUAUAUGAAUUACUUUUUAACCAGGAAUGAUUCGUAUUCAUUAAAUGGAUUCACCAUUUUCCCAGUGAAGACUAUAGAAUUUCAAUACACGUACUGUAGAAAUAAAAUAUAUAAUGUACAUAAAUGUUACAUUUGUAAAGAAAUGUAAAAAUGUAACUACAGAAUAUGAAUUGCUUAAAAUGUGCUACAUUGUUGGAUGUUUGAUGACAGAUCUUUUUGUCCCAGUUAGAGAAUGAGGUUGACUAAUACAUAUUAAGAAUGGAGUCCACAUAAGAAACACUCUUUGUAAUUCUGUUAAAUCUUUUAUGUGGAAUUAUUUAUGAUCACCUUACUAAUUAAAGAUAUUUUGCUUGA